AAACACACACAAAGACGGAGGGAAAAAAAUGGCGUGCUCUGGUUUGUUCAAAUGGCGCGAAACGAAAAACUAGAAAACACAUCAGAUUCCAUAUUCCCGCCAUGAUUGCUCUUCAAUAUCAUCCUCAACCGUUCACAACAACCACCAUUGCAGAAGCUCUGAAUCCACUGCAUCUCUGAUCUCUCUCAUUCGAAAUGGAUCUGUCAGAGUACGCACGGAAGAUAGGCCUUUCUGAAUCGAAACAAGUCGUCCGUAAAGCCGCUGAGCUCCGUCGAGUUUCCGAUCUUCAAUUCGAUUCAUCCAGUGCUGGAAUCGGAGAGAUUUGUAAAUCUAUCAUCUGCCUAGAGAUUGCUGCUAAUAUGAUGCAAGUGAUAUUUGAUCGCCAGACUGCGAUAAGGUUGAGUGGAAUGUCCGAGAAGGCUUACAUUAGAUCUUUUAACGUGAUGCAGAAUGGAAUCGGUAUCAAGAAUAAGCUUGACAUUAGGGAAUUGGCUAUUCAAUUUGGAUGUGUUAGGCUUAUUCCUCUUGUUCAGAAAGGAUUAUCACUAUACAAAGAGCGGUUUAUUGCAUCAUUACCUCCUUCACGUCGAGCGAGUGCUGACUUCACACGGCCUGUAUUUACCGCCACAGGGUUUUACUUGUGUGCCAAAAAGCAUAAGCUCAAGGUUGACAAGAAUAAGUUGAUUGAACUAUCUGGCACAUCCGAAGAUGAAUUUUCAAGUGUAUCUACCUCCAUGAAGGACCUUUGUCAUGAUGUUUUUGGGGUGUCAAAGGAAAAGAAAGAUCCAAAAUCUGUGAAAGUGAACAGAGACUUGUUAGAUGCCUUACCUGAGAAAAGGCAAGCUGAGGAUGGUGGUUAUUCAUCUGAUGAAGGCAAAGAUCUUUCAGCCUACAAGAAACGUAAGCUUGAGGAGAACCACAAAUACGAGGAAUGGAAAUCUACUGUAGUAGAAUCUAAUAAGCAAAGCAAAGAUAAAGUUGCUGUUAAAAAAACCAAACAGGCACAACUCAAGUUUUUGAAGAGAGAUCCAGGAACUGAAGUUGGAGUGUAAGAGUAUGCUCAUGUUGCCUCAAUAUAUCAGGAACACAGUUUUGGUUUAAUUAAGACAUUUAACUUUUUAUUGUUUUUGUCAAACUAUACAUGGAUUAUGAAAGAAGUUAAUGUACAGUGUCUUGAGAUUUUUGCUAGCCUUUAUUGUGACAA